UGCUUGGUGACUCUCUUUCCCCUCCAAGCCAGUGGAUCUACGUCUCGGCAAGCCCAGGGAAAUCCUUAAAGAAGCCAGUGGCUGUGCCGGCCCGAGGGGGCUACAAACUUUUUUAUAAGGGACUGUUGUUGAGCAGGGAUUUAAGUUGAGGGGUGCGGGGGUGGCAGAAGUGCAAAAACAACAGCAACGAGCUGUAGAAUCAGAAGCACUGGCUGGGGGCAGAAACGGAGCCCCCGCUGGGUGACUGGGGACUGGGAGGGUGCUGGUCGGAUUGCAGGCUGGAGGUAGGAACUGCUACGGGACCUACAGCGGCGGCUCAGGCGGCUGCAGGCGCCCCGCCCGGGCUGGUAUGCGGGCGGAGAAUGACGCGGGAGGCGGGGUCACGUGACGCCCAUGGAAUGCCAACAAUGUAGCGAAUGUCCCACUAGGGUCUGCGCGUUCGAACAGCGGCGUGAGCGCCCGGGUAAGAUGGAGCAGCAGCCGGAGCAGCAGCCGCAGCAGCAGCCGCAGCCGCAGCAGCAGCCACAGCAGCAGCCCCCACCGCCGCCGACCCCGACUACAGCGCUGCCGCCUCCUCCGUCCGGGGCACUCUCCUCCCUGCGGGGCCAGCAGCGGCCCGAGCCUCCCGUGCACAGCUGCUCCGCGCGAGAGGCCACUGAGGAGCCGCUGGUCAGCGGCCCCCGAUGCCCCUAGACCCCGCCCGUCUUUGGAGAUAUAGAUCUGCAAAAUGAGGACUCUAGAAAUUUUUAGGUUCUCUGUAGGAACUAUGAAGAUUGGAGCAAAGAAAAAUUAAAAAGGAAAUCAUUUUGGAAGUAUGUUUACAAUGAACUGAUACUUGUUGACAAUAAAUUGAGUGUUUUUAUUUGUUUUUUAAAUAAAGUACUUUAAGAAGAUUAUAUUUAUGUUAAAAAGAAAACUGGACUAACAAUGAGGCCAAAGACUUUUCCUGCUACAACGUAUUCUGGAAACAGCAGACAGAGAUUGCAAGAGAUUCGUGAAGGGUUAAAACAGCCUCCCAAGUCCUCUGGUCAAGGCUUACCUCUUGGACCAGGCAGCGACACUUCCUUGGACACCAAAAUCUUGGUAGUAAAAGAUGCUGCAAGGCAGCAGCAGAUGAAACCCACUCCAAAGUUUGGGCCUUAUCAAAAAGCUUUAAGGGAAAUCAGAUAUUCUUUGCUGCCUUUUGCCAAUGAAUCCAGUGCAGUGGAUGUAAAUCGACAGAUGUUACAGGAGUUGGUCAAAGUAGGAUGUGAUCAGGAGAUGGCGAUACGAGCACUCAAACAGACAGGCAGUAAAAACAUUGAAGCUGCUCUGGAGUACAUUAGUAAAAUGGGCUACGUGGAUCCCAGAAGUGAGCAAAUCGUGCGGGUCAUUAAGCAGACCUCCUCAGGAAAAGGAAGUGUGCCAAAUAAUGUGACUCGACGGCCAAGCUUUGAGGGAACAAGUGAAUCUUUUCCAUCCUAUCACAUCAGUAGUACAGGCUAUGAAGGGACAGGCUUUGGAGUCGAAGGGGCAAACAUGCUGAGUGAGGUGCCCAGGCAGUACAUGGACUAUCUGCUACCUCUCGGGGUCAACCCUCAUAACCCACCCGGUAGCCAUCAGCACCAGUCCAAAGCCUAUCCUGCCAAUUUGGAGGCUCCGGGCAUUAAUUAUCCACUCCAGCCCUCUCAUGGUUCAAACAACCCACACUACGGUAGGGCGCACAUGACGGUCCAAGGGGAGCCGCUGGGGUACGGCAUCCAACGCAGCCCGUCUUUUCAGAAUAAGAUACCGCAAGAUGGAGGGUACGCAAAUCUUCCCAAUAAAGGCCAAGUGGUCCAGAAUAACUCCGGUCACCCGUUUCAGCCCGCAGCCACAAGCCUGUACAUGGCCCACUCCCAUCACAAGCAGAGCAGCCCCUCCUCUCACCAGAUGCACAUGAUGGCGGCCCGCAGUCCGGCGUUUGCGAACGACUUCUCGGACAGCCCUCCGCAGAGCCUCCUCACCCCAUCCAGAAACAGCCUGAACAUGGACUUGUACGACAUAAACAACCCCGCGGUCCAGGGCUGGCAGUCCUCGACCCUGUCACGGAGAGAUUCUUUACAGAACCCCAGCCUGGAGGCUUCCCCUCGACCUCACGUCUCGUUCCGGCCCGACAGCCACGUGCCGAGUAGAACGAAUUCAUUCAACAACCACCAGCAGCCGCCGGUGGCUGUGUCCAUUCGGCCAGGACCUGCCGGCAAAACGGACGCCUCCAUCUCUUCCCCCAAUACGAUCACGGCCGUCACGUCUGCCCACAUCCUGCAUCCGGUGAAGAGCGUGAGAGUCAUGAGGCCGGAGCCCCAGACGGCCGUAGGUCCGUCUCACCCUGCCUGGCUUCCCCCGAAGACGCCGGCCGUGGAAGGCUUAGAAAUGAUGGAGCAGCACCCUCUGCCAAAGGGAAGCCCCAAUACUUACUCUCUGGAGGUUGAUUACGGCACUCAGGAGCCCAGGUGCCCACCGCCUCCCUAUCCUAAGCAUUUGCUCCUGCCCAAUAGUUCGGAGCAGUUCGACAUAAAUAGCCUUUGUGUAGGGGUGGAACAGAGCCUUCGAGGGGUUCCGAACAGUCAGGCUGAAGACAGCGUUGAGAGAAAUGACAAAAGCAGCAAGAAUUCCAAAGGGGAAAAGUCGGGGAAGGAUAUAAAGCAGAUCCAAACCUCUCCUGUCCCUGUUCGAAAGAACAGCAAAGAUGAAGAGAAAAGAGAAUCUCGAAUUAAAAGUUAUUCCCCUUUUGCUUUUAAGUUCUAUAUGGAACAGCACGUGGAGAAUGUCUUAAAAACCUACCAGCAGAAAAUUAACAGGCGAUUACAAUUGGAGCAAGAAAUGGCUAAAGCUGGUCUCUGUGAAGCUGAACAGGAACAGAUGAGGAAGAUCCUCUACCAGAAGGAGUCCAACUACAAUAGGCUGAAGAGGGCCAAAAUGGACAAAUCUAUGUUUGUGAAAAUUAAAACCCUGGGUAUCGGUGCUUUUGGAGAAGUAUGCCUUGCUUUCAAAGUAGAUACUCAUGCCCUGUAUGCCAUGAAAACCCUGAGGAAGAAGGAUGUUCUAAAUCGUAACCAGGUGGCUCACGUCAAAGCUGAAAGGGAUAUAUUAGCAGAAGCAGACAAUGAGUGGGUAGUUAAGCUCUACUACUCUUUCCAAGACAAAGACAAUUUGUAUUUUGUGAUGGACUACAUCCCUGGUGGGGACAUGAUGAGCCUGCUUAUAAGGAUGGAGGUUUUUCCUGAGCACCUGGCCAGAUUUUAUAUUGCAGAGUUGACUUUGGCCAUAGAGAGUGUCCAUAAGAUGGGAUUUAUUCACAGAGACAUAAAGCCAGAUAAUAUUUUGAUAGAUCAUGAUGGUCACAUCAAACUGACUGAUUUUGGACUCUGCACUGGAUUCAGAUGGACUCACAAUUCCAAAUACUACCAGAAAGGGAGUCACAUCAGACAGGAUAGCAUGGAACCUAGUGACCUCUGGGAUGACGUAUCAAAUUGUCAGUGCGGAGACAGGCUAAAAACCCUUGAGCAAAGAGCUAAAAAGCAGCAUCAGAGAUGUUUGGCGCAUUCACUAGUCGGAACUCCAAACUACAUUGCCCCUGAAGUUCUUCUUCGUAAAGGAUAUACUCAACUCUGUGACUGGUGGAGCGUUGGCGUGAUCCUCUUCGAAAUGCUAGUGGGGCAACCCCCUUUCCUGGCCCCAACUCCCACAGAAACCCAGCUAAAGGUCAUAAACUGGGAAAACACACUUCACAUUCCAACCCAAGUCAAGUUGAGCCCUGAGGCCAGUGACCUCAUUACCAAGCUUUGCUGUGCUGCUGAGAACCGGCUAGGCAGAAAUGGUGCUGAUGAGAUCAAAGCCCAUCCAUUCUUCAGCUCCAUGGACUUCUCCGGUGACAUCCGAAAGCAGCCAGCCCCUUAUGUGCCAAAGAUCAGUCAUCCAAUGGACACCUCCAAUUUCGAUCCUGUAGAUGAAGAUGGUCCUUGGAAUGAUGUCAGCGGUGAUAGCACUAAAGCCUGGGACACGCUGACUUCUUCCAACAGUAAACACACAGAACAUGCCUUUUAUGAGUUUACUUUCAGGAGGUUCUUUGAUGACAAUGGCUAUCCAUUUAGAUGCCCCAAACCUUCAGGAAUUGAAGCCACGCAGUCUCAGAACUCAGACAUAGAAAACAAAGACAUGGUGGAUCCAACUGGAGACUGUCAACCUGUGUACGUGUAAAUGAUUAUAGAGCAUGCCCCAGACAGUCUGGGUAUUUAGAGAGAAGGAGGGCCUCAAAGCUGAUCCCUAACAGACAUGCUUAGGCGUUGAGGUCAGUUUUGUUGUAAAUAAGUACUUUGAUCACUACACUUGAAAUUCUGGUCUUCACAGGAAAAAAAAAAUACUUUGCAAGUCGAGCAAUUCUUCAUUUCUAGACUCUGGUUUGUGUGAGAUCAACACCACUCACACAAAUAGGCAUUUAGAGACAAUUCACAGCAUUAAAUGAUAUUUUUAAAAAUUUAGUACAGUUUAGAAAGAGCACUUAUAUUUUGUUUAUAUCGAUUUUUUUUCCUACUAAAUUAUAGGGAUUAACUUUGACAAAUCAUGCUGCUGCUGUUGUUAUUCCUUUUUCUACAUUGGUAUUUUAGCCAUAGCACUUAUUUCACAUUUAGGAAAAUGCAUUAAAAACUGAAGAACACGAUGGGAAAAUCUCUGUGCAAUAAUGUAAAAAAGGAAAAAAGAUAAAGCACUCUGGGCUGAUGUUACUAGAUCUGGUUUUAUUCACACCAUGGGGUUUUCUGUUUUUGGAAUCCCUCCCUGGCCUCCCUCUCUCCCCUAUCAGAAUUGUGACAUCGCCUUAAAAAGCGGCUUUUGUUUCCUUUUGCAUAUUAGUGUGUAAUAGAAAGUGUGAGCAAGGUGACAAGUUGGGUGUGAUUUCAGUGUCUGGUGUGUGAAGAAUGUUGCAUGAGCAGGGUUUUUCUGUUCAAAUAAGUUACCAUAUCUUGCCAUUCACAGGCAGGUCCUGUGAAUCUGUUCUUAACAAGUAUCUUUAAAUGAGCUGUUCUAGAUGGAGUGUUGAUGUAUUGUGUGGAUGAUUUCCUUGUUAUGAUUGUAUACCUUAUUGAUUUCUUAUUUUUUAAAUUUCAAAUGUCUAACUGAGAAGUGAUUGUGUCUGUGAUUGGAUCAUUUUUUGUGUGUGGAGGGGGUAAAUGUAAGCACCUCUUACCCUUCUAAACUGAGAGCAAUUAAUUAGCAAUACCUCUUAAAGGUUAAUAAUGGGGAAAAUGUUGAUCCUUGUUGUCUGUAUCCUGUUCCAUUCGUGGAAUAAUUUGUAUGUGGUAUUCAGUAAUUAUGACCUUGUCAAUUAAUAUUUUCUGUUAGCAUUGCACACACUGAAAAGAUUUAAAAGUGUGUUCUCCUUUUGUCUCAGACAGUGGAAGUGUUGCCCUAAUGGAAGUCAUCCUCAUGUUUCUAACAGAUGCUAUCUGUCUGCUCUAAAGUGUCAAAUCUUAACUGAGUUUAAAGUAUGCAUUUUAAAAAUUUUGUAAAAGUGAGGCUUAUUCAAAGUGAUAUUGGAAUACUAAAAUAAUUAAGCCAUAAAUAUUUGCAUAUAAGUAUAGGUAUGUAUAUAACUGAAUAGAUAAACACAUAAAAUAUUCCUUAAUUCAAAUUAGUAUUACAGUCCUAUUUAAAGUGAUUUAUAUUUGAGUAAAAUGCUCUUUUUUUUUUUUUUUUUUUUUGCUUUUUGAAAAAAUCUGGCGCUUUGUAUUUUUCAUUAUGUUAUUCCAUAUAUUAUUCCUUAAUUUUUAGCAUAUUGUAUCCAUUGUUAUCUAAGCAACAACAUUUAUAAAUUUAUCAUCGUCUAAACUAAAAAAAAAUUAUUCUUGUGUACGUGUUUACAAUUGUAUGAAUGGCAUGUUCUGAGGUCUGCUGUGCUUGUAUUGUGACAGUCCACGUAAGAUUCAGUAUUACUGCUUUUUUUUAUAGUGAUGCCAUUUUUUUUUUGUUAUUUACAGCUAUCUGACAUACUUUCAUGUGGUAGGUUCUUUCUCAGGAACUCAAUUUAACUGUUAUUUAUUGAUAUACCAUUGCCUUUGAAAGCUUCUACUGGCACAAUUUAUUAUUAAAACUUUGGAUUCCCAAAUCA